AUGAACCAGAAAACUCAAAGUUCUAAUUUAAUUUCAAUGACAUCUAAAACUAUUGCCACAACUCCUACUCUCGUAAAUGACUGCCUCUAUUUAAUUUUUAAGCUACUCAUAACAAAUAAAGAUUUGUACUCUUGCGCUUUGGUUAGUAAAUCUUGGGCUGCUAUUGCUAUACCAAUCUUAUGGGAGGCACCCUUUCGAAAUGAUUAUGGCUUUAUUCCAUCUCCUGAUGUUAUUAAUGUUUAUAUGGCAUUUUUACCUCAUAAUGGGCAUGGAUCUAAACUAUCUCCACAUAGAAUUCCUUUUGACUAUCCUUCAUAUCUCAAAGAACUCCCUUUUGAUCGUUUUUGCAAUUUUGUUGGUAAACGGAUAUGGUUUCAUUCUACAAUAAUCAAGCUACUCAAGAUGUUUACUUCCCAUGGUGCAAUAUUACGAAAAUUUGAAAUUUGUAGUACUCUGGCAAAUCAGGAAAUUUUAAACCAAGAUUGGAUAGUACUUCCAAGUAACCCUGAGUUCUCUUCACUGUUUGGCAAUAAUUUAACUUAUUUCACUUGUGGUUUUCAAUGGACAUCUAAAAAGGUUGAACUUUUUAAUGCAUUAGCUUUAAAUUGUCAUAAUAUCAAGAACCUUAAAGUUAAAGUGUUUCGUGAAGAUGAAGGAAUAGCAUUGGCAAAUCUCAUCUGUGCACAAAAGCAAUUAAAUAAAUUUUCUCUAUUAAAUAGUAAUAAUUUCGCAUCAAUUGUUGUUCAAGCUCUAAUAUGUCAUACAAGAUCUCUUGGUAGUUUGUCAUUUAAACAUAUGAAUAAUGGACAUGCAUUUCGCAAUGCAGCUCCUUUCACCGAAUAUACGUUAUGUCAGUUAAACAAAAAAGCUGUUGAUGUUAUAGUUCAAUGCGCUAAUGUUACCAAAUUGAAGUUCAUAGAUUGUGAAGGAUUAAAUUCUUCUCAAUAUUACCCUAUUGGCUUUGCUUUUUCAAAUCUAACAUCUCUAACUUAUACGUUUGGUGCUUGUAAAGAUUAUGAUUAUACGACACCUAUAAAAUUAUUAUCUGAUCUUAUUAGAACAAGCUGUAAUACGCUCGAAAUGAUUGUUUUUUUUUGGAGUACUGCUGAAAUUCUAGAUAUAUCUCAGCUCAUUCAAGCAAUUAUAUGCACAAUUAGGCUCAAAGUGUUAAGAAUCCCUCUUUAUAAAUUAGAAGAACUUUCUUUAAUUUACCAAUUCUGUGACAAAUUAGAGAAUCUCAAUAUUAAUUUGUUCAAAACAAUUAAUCCAAAUAAUGCCUUAAGAAUUUUUGCAAAUAAGCAACAUAACAAUCUUAAUACUAUUUAUAUUUGGUUAUAUUAUUUGAAACAUGAUGUUGAAAUUGAUGAAGCUCAAUUGGAUUGGAUUUUUGCGUAUAUCUUUUUCAAGAAUAAACAAAUCAAAAAGUUUACUUUAGAUGAAGUUUAUAUUGGAAAAAUUUCAGAUGAUAAAAAAAUAUCUUUACAAAAAAAAUAUCCAAAGCUUAAACUUUUUGGAUUUAAUGAUGAAAGAAAAAGAACAUAA